AUGGAAUACAAAUAGUGUGUAAACAAUUUCUCAUUAAUUAAAGUUAGCAAUUAAGAAUAAUAGAACAAAUCGAUACUUAACCAUUGAUUAAAAUAAUCGAUUACUUUCUUCAGGUUGCCAUCCCUUUUUUAAACAUACAGAAUGUAACAAAUAGCGGGAAAUUUUUUAAAUUUUGAAUGCAGCAAAUUAAGAUUAUGUAGGACCAAUAAUUAUGUAAUCUGCAGUUUUGAUAUAUAAUCCUGGGUGUGUAAUUUAAUUUUAAACUCAAUUUUAGUUUAUAAGCCUAUCUUUGUUGUUAAUAAAAUGGAGAAUUAAAGCUUGAAAAUAUACCAUAUCAGGAAGCAUCACACAGCAAAGCUACAAAAUUUAUGAUAUAAGGAACUGUAAAUUUGAAAAAAGCAAUUACAGAAAAUGAUGAUGUAGUAUUUAAAUUCAAUGAUGCUAAUUAUUUGAUAUCAGAACUAUCUUUAUUUUGCUCUUGGAAUGGACCGACUAUUUCGUAAGAUUCUACAUGGAAACUGUAAAGAAGCAAUUUUCCACCUUUGCCUGAUUGGUUCUAGCAAAGACCAUAUAUCUCAUUAAGCUAUUUACAAAGUUCUGAUUAAUUAACUUAAUGCUUAGUUAAAUAAAAUGAAAGAAAACCAAUAGGGAGUCACUCCUAUCAAAUUUAAUCAAUAUAUUUAAUUGAAGAUCUUUUAUAUGCCAUGAUGAGUAUAGAAGGUUAGUAUAUUAAAAAAAAAAAUGGUUCAUUUGAGUAUCAAAUAGAGGGUCAUUUAGAAUAAAGCACUUGUGACCUAUCAUUAUAAUAAAUGGUGUCCAAAAUUCUGCCAAUGUGCUCUCAGCAUGAUUUCAUUGAAAACUAUAUCCAAUAAAAGAUAAAAUUUGAAAAUGGAUACAUUUCUUAAGCAUUUUGCUCAGCAAUUAAGGAAUUAAUGCAAAAAUAUCUAUUAAUGGUCAAUUAACUUGAUUAUGAAUUUAAUUAAGGAGAAAUAACUUUAUAAAAAUUUUGGUAUUACACUCAACCAUCAAUAAGAAUAAUUAAUUCAAUUUAUGUUUUAAUUUAAAGUUUAUCUAAAUAAAUUGGUGGCACUUUAUUGAGUACAAUUACCAAUUUUAUCAAUACAAGCACAGACCCUUAAAUAGUUGAAGUUUAUUCAUUCUUGCUUUAAAAAUCGUUUAUCCCAUACAUGAAACAGCUUUCAAAUUGGAUAUAUUAUGGUAGAAUAGAUGAUCCCUUUGAAGAAUUUUUAGUUGCAGAAAAAAAAAUUCAGAAAUCCUCUUUGGAAACAGACUAUAAAAACGAUUUUUGGGAUUAGCGAUUUGCACUGAGAAAUUCUUAGAUUCCUAAAUUUCUUGAGAAAUAUUAAGAUAUAAUUUUAAGGACUGGUAAAUAUAUUAAUGUAAUUGGGUAAAAAGAAUCUCCUUUUGAUAAUUUUUUAAUUAAGAAUUAAGGUCAUAUAGUUUAAAAUUAGGAUUUCUCUCACUUGGUAUCCUGCUUUGAAUGGGCUAAUAAAGAAAUCAUAAACCUCUUGUUUUAAAAAGAAAAUAUUCAUAAAAGAUUAAAAACAAUUAAAACCUUCUUUCUAUUUGAUUCAGGGGAUUUCUUUAUUCAUUUCAUCGAAGCUGCAGAAUCUGAACUGGUUAAAGAUAUAAGAGAAAUUUCAAAGGAAAAACUUGAAAGUUUAUUUGAUCUGGCUGUUAGAUCAAUAGCCAGUAAUGAUGCAUAUAAAGAUGAUUUGGUCUGUUAUAUUGAUUAAUAUACAAUAAGUGAAUAAAUUUACGCAAUCAGAAAUUUGAGAGGAAUUGAUAUUAAUGAAAAUAAGCCUCCUAGAAAUUAAAAACUAAAAGGAAUAGAAUUAUUCACAUUGGAUAUAAAGGUUGAAUGGCCUGCGAAUUUAAUAUUUUCUAGAGCUAGCUUGCUAAAUUAUUAAAUUCUAUUUAGAAGUCUCAUGAGCUUGAAUUAUUUAUUAAAAUAACUCAAUGAAGCAUGGGUAUUUUAAAAAUAGCUAAAAGACACUGGAUUGCAUUAAAAAUUUUUGAAACAAAAUUUUUUACUUUCAAGAAUGCAGCAUUUAGUGAAAAAUUAUGUAAUAUUAUACAACUUAUAUUAGUUAUAUUAUGUGUCGUAUGAUGUCGUAGAAAAGAAUUACACAAGUUUAAUUUAGAACUUAUAAAAUGCAGACAAUUUUGAGGAAGUUAAAGAAUAGCACAUGAGAUUUUCAGAGAAUUGCUUGAAAGAAUCUCUUAUAAUUGACUAGGACUUUUGGAAGAUCUUUAAUAAAUGCACAAAUUUUUGCAGCCAGUUUAGUUCAUAAAUUCAAAAAUAAAAUUCAUCAUUGAUGUCCUUUUUUAAAGAUGAUUUUGUAUCCAAAAAGGUGUAAAUAAAUGAAAAAAUUACUGAAUUAGUUAGUGGAAAGCAAUUUUAAACAUUGUAUGAAACAUUCAUAAAGAAUUUUGAUGAAGCUUAUAGAGAACUAAUCAAAAUUAUUAAAAUUUAGUAAGAAUAUUAUUUAUAAUAUUAGUAUAUCUUAAUCAAAGACUUAUGUAGUAAGUUUAAUGAUAAGGUUAGAUUAUUAAUUUGACUAUCUAUGA